CUCGUUCUCGAUGUCAGUGAGACGAAUUGGUGGUUAAAAAACUGAGAACAGAGAGAAAUCGCAAUCCCUCUUCGCCACUCUCUCUGUCUGUGUCUGUGUCUGUGUGCAGAGAAAUGGCGGGGGUGUCGUUUAGGUGGAUACUGCAGCUUCAUAAAGACGUCCCGAAAGCCGCUCGCUUUUACUCGGAAGGCUUGGACUUUACCGUCAAUGUCUGUACGUUGCGCUGGGCUGAGCUUCAAUCUGGUCCUCUCAAACUUGCCCUCAUGCAAUCCCCCAAUGAUCAUAUCAUGCAGAAGGGAUACUCUUCACUUCUAUCUUUUACAGUCACAGACAUUAACAGUACAGUAACGAGAUUAAUGGCAUUAGGAGCAGAACUAGAUGGCUCCAUUAAAUAUGAGAUCCAUGGAAAGGUUGCAGCCAUGCGAUGUAUGGAUGGCCAUAUGUUAGGCCUUUAUGAACCUGCAUAGGAGCUGCAGAGGCAAGCCCUUUUCAAACAUUUAUCUGAAGUAACCUUUAUUGGAGUUUUUAUCUAAGCAACUUUGAAAUCUGUAGAAGAGAGAGCGAAGAUGUGAGAAACUUCUUCUUUCUUUGGAUUUCCUUGAAUAAUUGAUACAGUUUGUUCAUCCAA